CACCUGUUCAUGCAUUCUUGCUAAAUCUAAUCUUAGAUUUUUGUACAUUUUCCCCUGUAAAUCUGAUCCAGAAUUUCUAUCUACGCCUAUCAUUCUCUCUCAAUUUUUUUUUUCUUGUUAAAAUGUCAGCAGAUUAAAAUAAUUCUCCAAAAAUAUUAGAAACAUAAUUGUGAUACCUGUUUUUUUACCCCUAUUUUUUAGUUUUGUUUUUCAUCUUUACUGCUUCAAAUAAUCCUGUAUGUACUACCCCAUGCCAUGCCCAUAGCCCAAAGCCAAUUGCGAAGCCUAUUCCUUUCUUCUCCCCUCUCCUUUUCUGUUUCUGGCGAUUUGGCUCGCCGGGGAAUUACGCUUUGAUCGGAGGAGGAUCUGGUGGAUUUAUCGCCGUUGAGGAAUCCAGCUUGCUUACCGGUGUGAUCUGAUUUGUUGAACUGAAGAGUGAAGGGAUUUGUGGUCGUUAAUUUCGAUGGUCAAUUUAAUUCUAAUUUGAUUGAAUUUAGGGUUUAUUUUUCAUGGAGGAGACUGUGAGAUCAGGUGGUGUGGUAAAGAAGAAAAGUUCGUCUGGGUGUUUAAUUAUAAGGAAAAAAGAUGAUAGGGCGGGGGGUGUUCAACGGGGAGGGAUUGGCUCUUUGAAGAAGAACAAAAAGAAAAGGCCAAGAGUGAUUGUAAAUGAUUCUGAGUCAGGUGAUGAGUUGCCGGAACCUUACAAGAGGAAAGCCCAGGAAAUUUCUGGUAAUAGUCCGAUAACUUACAGGAGUGGGGCUGAGGGGAAUGGUAAUACUGAAAGUGAUAAGAAACGGAGUAGGUUAGAUUUGUUUGAGUUCGAUGAGUACGAUGAGUUUGAUGAGAGAGCCGUGAGGAAUGAAUACCGAGAUGGGAGGUUAGCGGUGACACAAGGAAUGGGGAGUUCUAGGGAAUUCAGAAGUGGGUCUAGUGGGGAAAUGAUUGUUGCAAAGAGGAAGUUUGAUAGCUCAAGGAAUGCUUUGGGGAGUAGGACUAAGGGUUUUGAUUGUUCAGCUAAAACCAAAACUGACGAGGAGGAAGAUGAUGUGGAUUUACCCAUCUCAAUGCUGAAGUUGAAGUAUCAAAAAACGUCCAAUGAAGCAAUAAGGUUGCAGGGGAAAAAUGGGGUAUUGAAGGUAAUGGUUAAUAAAAAGAAGAUGGAUUUAUCACAUAAAAAAAAUGAUUGCCGUGAUUUUGACAGUAGGAAAGGUUCAACAUCUGAGGACUUAAUCAUGAAGAAGCUACAAGUCCAACCUCACUCAGAUUCUGAACACCCUGAAAAGCAACACCUGUCUGUUCAAAGGGAGAAAAGUAAGAUGAAAUCCCGGAAAAUUUUGAUGAGCAACAAUACUGGAGCUAGUGAUUCAGAAACUGAUGGGACUGGUACAUCACCUAAGGUGAUUCUCUCAGCUCUGCCUGCUGGUAACUCUCUGAAAAGGGUUAAAAAGGAAGAAAAUAAGCUUUCAACAGUUAACCCCGUUUCUCCCACUAAUAAAGAAGGAAAAACCAAACGUGGGGCAAGCACUGAGAAACAAAAACUGCGUGAGAAAAUUAGGGGAGUUUUGACUGAUGCUGGCUGGACUAUUGAUUAUAGACCGAGAAGAAACAGAGAUUACCUAGAUGCAGUGUACAUAAGUCCUUGUGGAACAGCCUAUUGGUCUAUAGUUAAGGCUUAUGAUGCUUUUCAGAAACAGUUGGAGGAGGAUAGUGGUGGAAAUAAAUCUGCUGGUGUGUCUGCUCCAUUUUCUCCUUUAUUGGAAGAUAUAAAUAAGCUAACCAGGCAAACAAGAAAGAAAAUUGAGAGAGAAAUGAAAAAGAAGAGAAAGGAUAAUGGUACCAGUAGGGAUAACAAGAAGACUUCAGGAAAAGAGUCCGCAGAAGGCUCAGACAGCGAUCAGCAUGAUGAGCGAUUAAGUAGCUAUAUAAAGAAGAGUGGUAAGUUGCUGAAAGGAAAGUUUCAUGCAAGACAUCAAAAGAAUCAGUAUGGAACUAGUGAAAAUAUCUCGGUCUCAAAAGAUGGGAAACAUGACCAGGACAUUAUUGGGAAAUUCUCUGUAGCACCUACUGGUAAGUUAAUCCAGGGAAGAAAAAGUAAAAUAAUUGGGAGAUGUACUUUGUUGGUCCGUAGUUCUGAUAAAGGACAAAAUUCAGAAAUUGAUGGGUAUGUUCCUUAUUCUGGAAAAAGAACAUUAUUGGCAUGGAUGAUUGACUCUGGGACAGCGAAACUUAGUGAAAAGGUUCAAUAUAUGAACCGUAGAAAAACACAUGUGAAGCUAGAAGGCUGGAUCACACGAGAUGGCAUUCACUGUGGUUGCUGUAGUAAAAUACUUACUGUUUCCAAGUUUGAGCUCCAUGCAGGGAGCAAACUGCGUCAACCCUUUCAAAACAUAGUUUUGGAAUCUGGAGUUUCUCUGUUGCAGUGCCUUAUAGAUGCUUGGAAUAGGCAAGAGGAGUCUGAACGCCAGGAUUUCUGUACUGUAGACACUGAUGGUGAUGAUCCAGAUGAUGAUACUUGUGGUAUCUGUGGUGAUGGUGGGGACCUGAUCUGCUGUGAUAGUUGUCCAUCAACUUUUCAUCAGAGCUGUCUUGGUAUAAUGAUGCUUCCUCCAGGUGAUUGGCACUGUCCAAGUUGUAUUUGCAAAUUUUGUGGCAUUGGUGAUGAAAGUCCUACAGAAGAUGAUAUGGAUGUCAAUGAGCUCCACUUGUGCAUCCUCUGUGAGAAAAAAUAUCACAAGUUAUGCAGACAAGAGUUGGAGGCUAACAAUGUUUUACCUGUGAAGAACAAAAUUUCAUCUACUUCAUUUUGUGGGCAGACAUGCCAAGAGCUCUAUGACCGUUUAAGGAAGAUUGUUGGAGUCAAACAUGAAUUAGAAGCAGGAUUCUCUUGGUCUCUCAUCCAACGGACAAAUUUAGACUCUGAUACAUCACAUUGUGAGUUUCCUCAAAGAGUUGAAGGCAAUUCCAAGAUGGCUGUUGCAUUGUCUAUCAUGGAUGAGUGCUUUUUACCCAUAGUGGAUCGAAGAAGCGAGAUUAAUAUAAUUCACAAUGUCCUUUAUAACUGUGGGUCAAAUUUUAGUCGAAUUAAUUAUCGUGGCUUCUACACAGCAAUCUUAGAAAGGGGUGAUGAAAUAAUAUCUGCAGCAUCUAUAAGGAUACAUGGCACACAACUCGCAGAAAUGCCGUUUAUUGGGACACGCCAUAUAUAUAGGCGUCAAGGAAUGUGUCGACGGCUAUUGUCUGCUAUUGAGAUGGUCCUCUCCACUCUAAAAGUUGAGAAGUUGAUCAUUCCUGCUAUAUCUGAGCAUAUACAUACCUGGACAGUAGUUUUUGGUUUCAACCAACUUGAGGAAUCUCACAAGCGGGAAAUGAAAUCUAUGAAUAUGUUGGUGUUUCCAGGGGUAGAUAUGUUACAAAAGCAGCUAGUAAAGCAAGGAGCAUCUGAAGGUUUGAGGGCUGUUGAUUUUAGAAGUCCUAGUAAGUCUGACACAGUUUCCUGUGCCAAGCGUGAUGCAAAUGAAUGUCACGAUACUGGUUUGCAGAACGCAAAUGAAAUUCAUGCAAAGGUUGAAAGUGGGUGCUUGGGUUCUCCAGCUUCAGCUGCACAAUCACAUGAUAGUACAAUGAUUGAUGGCCAAGACUAUAGUCCUUCUACUAUCAAAUCGUCCAAUAAGGUGACUGAAUCAAUCAAAUCUGAGGUGGAGAACAAGCUUGGUGAAUCUUCAACAAACUUAGGCCAGUCUGCAGCAGGUGAAAAUGUGAUCACACUUGAUAUGCAAGAUGCAGUCGUAGAUUUGUUACCCACCAAGGAUGAUGUCCUUGCCACUUCUGAGAUAUCAGAUAGUGCACCCACUGAAGUUGAUGGGAAAGCGAUUUGUGUGGAUUCUGUACAUUGCUCUUCAUUAGAUCUUGCCAUCAAUGGAGACAGGAAACAGACUUCACAAUCUGCUUCUGGGAAACCUAUUGAACAGCCUAGCUCAGAUCCGAAUCUUCCCAGCACAAUUGACGGGGAAAACAAACCAAAUAUGGCUUCCGAAAAAACUACCGAUACUGAAGGAGUUGACAGUGCAAAGAUUAUUCCUUGUGAAGGUAAGAACGAUUUGGCUUCUUCCAAUGAAAGAAAAAAUGUUGAAGAAUCUUGUGUGGAACCAAGCAAAACUUCUUCUCAAGACAUGGCUGAAAAGGAUGAAAGUUCAUAAUUCUUGUUCCACUGCUGCAUUUCAAGCUGGCAAUCAUGGAGUUUAUGCGAGGUGAGGGCAAGAAGCAACUUACCUUUGGCUUUAGAACAUCAUUAGGCCAAACACAGCAUUCGAACUGAAUUUCUUGAAGAUCUAGCCUGAACGCUAUUCAGUUCAGUAUAAAUGUUUAAUGAGCAGAGGAACUUAGGCUUUAUUUUUCUUAUUUUUCCUCAAAUGCACUUAAAAGGUCCAGAGCAGAAGGGGUGACUUUGUAUAUAGUUUGGAAUUUGUAACUUUCGUUUUUGUAUUAUUUCUUUUUUAUUCAUUUUUAAAUUUCCUUGUUAGGCAAAAGAAUAGCUUUCUUUGUGGUUUGUCACAUAACUGUUUGCAGAGAUCAAUUAAGUUGCUCAUUCUAAACUUACACUAUA